AUGGAUUCAUCAGCACAUACAGUUAGAAUAUAACCAUUAAGUAAAAAGAAAGAAAAAGAUCCUAAAGGAAACACUAAAAUUUUAAGUUCUAGAAUAAAUUUUGAAGAUCCAACAGCAUUACUUUAAACUAGAACUCUACUAGCCAAUUUUAUUAGGGGGAAUUUAAACUCAAAAACUAAUCCUUGUCCUAAUCAAUGA